GCUGCAGACCCGAUUUGAAAAUGGACGGAUGAUAUGUUUAAAGACACAUUUUGAGAAAUAAAUUAACUGAGAGACUACUCUAAGAAGUCUCACACUGAAAAGUAAUAAAAAAUCCAUAAGUGUUCAAUGGUUUGGAAUAUCAUUGGCAGAGUUUGUUUCAUCCAAACGUCUUUUUUGUAGUCUCCAUUAAUGAAGCCCAAGACCCGAAUGGCCUGUCAUGUUGCUCUGGACAAACACGAGGCGUCUGCCAAAACAGCGUGAACUGCAUUGGGAGUCAAGAUCACUGCUUCAUAUCAGAUAAUGGAAUGCUUGUUUACCAGGGAUGUGCUUCAAAAAGUGUCUGUGACCAUCCCAUAAACACGUCGGCCCUGCUUUACAUAUCCCUCAGCAAAGACAUCUUCUGCUGUCAAGGCAUGCUGUGCAACAAGCCAUAUGGCAGUUUUUUUUGCAACUGUUACACUCCUGACAUCCCGGGACACUGCACAAAUGGAUUUGUUCAAUGCUACUCCCAAUAUUCAGCUUGUGCUUCCAUACUGACAUCAAACCUAAAUGGCAAUAAUCUGUCAACCUUUAACAUGGACUGCAUCGUUGUCCAGAUGUGUAACACAAGUGUCUCCAUAAACUACGGCCAAGGAAGUAUGACGAAGGUGACACAGUGCUGCAGCUCGGAUUUGUGCAACAUAGAGGCAGUCACAGGUAAUGCCAGUGCGCCACUCAACGGCCUGGCAUGUUGUGCUGGCGUCGAUGGGACCUGCAGUCAGGUGGUGAACUGCUCUGGCAUGGAGGACCACUGCUUUACGUCAGUCGCUGGACAGACGAUUUACAAGGGCUGCACUUCAAGAAGCAUCUGCGAGAAUCCAGGAAAUGCAAAUCUGCUACAGAUUUCUCUCGGAGAACAAAUUGCCUGCUGCCAAGGCUUCCUGUGCAACAGUCCAGGUGACACCUUGAUCUGCAAUUCUUGCUUUUCUCCAUUUUCUUGGGAUCAGUGUGUGAACAACAUCAAUCAGUGUGAUUCAAAGUCCACCAGCUGUGCCUCAGUCGUUAAGAUAAAUUUAAACUGGUACAACCCUACAGAAUUCCAAAGAUCUUGUGAGUCUCCAGAGAACUGCAACAUGAGCGCCUCCGUUGACUUCGGUUAUGGCAGCAAGACAUGGAUAUCACAGUGCUGUGACACUCAUCUGUGCAACUCCGAGAACGGCCUCUGCCAUUCUAAAUGCAAACACAUGCUCCCUUACUACAAUGAGCUCCCGUUGCCCCACCUUGAUACGCUUGACUUCCGUUCAGCUUGUCUCUUGCAGGAUGUGCAGCUUAUCAAUCAGGAGGAUAUGAACCUGCAUCUUCAUUUAUGA